GUUUUGAGUACGUCUCUCAUUGAUGUCUUUCGGACCCUCACGCCACAGUUGUGUCUGCCUGUUCGUCUAGGAGUUGUUGCCGCUUGGGCGGGUCACUGUGAUGCCGAAACGUAUGGCCCAGAUGUUUCAAACAUCUUGGUGGAUGUCAGGCGCUUUGGUCAACAGGAUCCGUUGUUCUCGCAGCAUCGCAACUUUGCCAUCUCCAAUCCCCGGGGACUCCAACCCGUCAUCAGACUGGCUGAAGCCGAUUGCUUGAAGCAGAAGUUUGCGGCAGCAGCACAGGGAACUGCCAAUCAGGUUAUUGCGGGGUCUUCCUCCCAUCCGUCUGUCCUCUUUCUUUUCCCCUGCGGACUGUGGAACUAUUCCGAAAGAAGAGCGUGGCAACAUCCCGUCACAAUUCUGGUUCAAGCUCUUUCGUGGGCUCAGUUUUGUGGCUUGCUUUUGUUGUUCUUUUGAUUCGGGGGGACCCCGACAGUCCGUCGAUCGCACCUGCUGGAGGCGGGGCGUACCGCCGGAGCAAGCGUCAACGAAGAGCAUGGCAGCCCUUCUACGCCGCGCCCUCACCCGCGGCGGCGCCGCGCCCUCGGCGCGCGCGGUCAGCGCCGCGUCCCCGCGCGUGGUCCUGGAGGAGAGCUCUGGCAAGCUGGAGACGGCCAUGCUCAGCAACGUGCGGUGCUCGCGGCACGAGCUGCUCUACACCUUCAAGUCGCCGCUGACGGGCACGCGCAACCGCCACAGCCUGCAGUACAGCACGACCGAGCACCUGACCGCGGUCCCCAGCCAGGGCGACGACGCCUUCACGGAUGCGUCGGACGUGAAGGGAAGCGGAGACGGCAUUUGGGUGUUCAUGAACCACGCCUUCCACACCGAGGCCACCGUGUACCUGCGACCCGGGGAGCACCGCCACAUCGACCCCUCGGUCGGCUGCGUGGCCGUGUACGCCGCCAAGGAUUUGGUGGUGGGCGAGCCCCUGACCUUCGACUACACGCUCAACGAGUGGGAGAUGUCCACGCCCUUCACGUGCCUCUCCACCGGCCGCACUGUGCAGGGCUUCAAGCACCUCACUGAGGAGGAACAGCUGGCCGCGAUGCCGCACGCGUGGGCGCACGUGAGGCAGAUGUACGACGAGCACCGUGGCAUGGGCGCGUCGGUGACCAGCCUGCGCCUCGCGGGACCAGGGCACUACUCGUGGCUCAAGAGUAGGCAGUAGUGACAGGGAUUUGCACGGGGCUCUGCCAAGAGUUCAGGCCUUGGCAAGUGCCAGAGAUGGCUCUCUUCUGCCUCAGGCUCGCCACACC